CAAACUUUAUUCGGUUUCACACUCUGAAAUCUUCAACAUGCCUGAACCAGCAAAGACUGCUCCCAAGAAGGGCUCCAAGAAAGCGGUCACCAAGACCGCCGGUAAAAGCGGUAAGAAACGCAGAAGGACCAGGAAGGAGAGCUAUGCUAUCUACGUGUACAAAGUGCUGAAGCAGGUCCAUCCUGAUACCGGGAUCUCCUCCAAGGCGAUGGGCAUCAUGAAUUCGUUCGUCAACGACAUCUUCGAGCGCAUCGCCGGUGAGGCGUCUCGUCUCGCUCACUACAACAAGCGCUCCACCAUCACUUCCAGAGAGAUCCAGACCGCCGUGCGUCUGCUGCUGCCCGGAGAGCUGGCCAAACACGCCGUGUCUGAGGGCACAAAGGCUGUCACCAAGUACACCAGCUCCAAGUAAAGCGCUGAAGUUUCUUUAGCUACCCCAAAGGCUCUUUUAAGAGCCACCCA